AGGGGUGGGCUGGGGAGCGGGAGCAGCAGGGUCCGGAGGCGGCGGCCAGCUGCACUGGGCGCCGGUGGGCCGCGGUCCAGCCGGGGCGGAGCCGCGAGCCGCCAGCCUCGGUGUGGAGGCCGAGGCGUUCGCAGCUAUGGGCCGGGGGGCUCGGAGAGCUCGAGGGUCGCUGGCGUGGCUGUUGCUGCUGAGACUGUGGCCACCGUGGCCAGUGGGCGGAGCUGAGGCGUUUCAGGGUCCCUUUCACUCUGGAAGAAGUACCCCUGGAGAGCCAGUCACCCUGCACUGGGUCCUGGAUGGACAACACUGGCGCAUGGUCACCCCGGACAAGCCGGAGGCCUGGAUGUCUGCCAUCAGCCCUGCACUCCUUCUUGCUCAGGUCUCGGAACUAGACACAGGGCUGGUGGCCUUGGAAGCUGAAGGCCAGGAGCUCCUGCUUGAGCUGGAGAAGAACCACAGGCUGCUGGCCCCAGGAUACACAGAAACCCACUACAGCUCAGAUGGGCAGCGGGUGGUGCUGGCCCCCAACCACGUGGAUCACUGCCACUAUCACGGGCGAGUGAGGGGCUUCCCAGACUCCUGGGUAGUCCUCAGCACCUGCUCUGGGAUGAGGGGCCUGAUCUCGCUCUGCAGCAAUGCUAACUACUAUGUGCAACCCUGGCCAGUGGGGGACUCCAAGGAUGCUUUGACCCACAAGAUCUUUCAGCUGGAGCAGCUGCUCAACUGGAAAGGGGCCUGUGGCCACAGGGACUCCAGGAACAUGACCCGCCUUUCUCGUGCCACCCAGAUCAGGGAGAAGCGGGAGGCCCGCAGAAGCCCGAGGUACCUGGAGCUGUACAUCGUGGCUGACCACACCCUGUUCUUGACCCAGCACCGGAAUUUAAACCACACCAAACAGCGUCUCCUGGAGGUCGCCAACUAUGUGGACCAGAUUCUCAGGACUCUGGACAUUCAGGUGGCGCUGACCGGCCUGGAAGUGUGGACCGAGCAGGACCAGAGCCGCAUCACGCCGGACGCAAACGCCACGCUGUGGGCCUUCCUGCAGUGGCGCCGGGGGCUGUGGGCACGAUGGCCACAUGACUCGGCACAGCUGCUCACGGGCCGCGCCUUCCGGGGUGCCACCGUGGGCCUGGCGCCCAUAGAGGGUAUGUGCCGCGCCGAGAGUUCUGGAGGCGUGAGCAGGGUGAGCUCCACCGCGAAGGGGAGGAGAGGUGCUGCGGGCAGGGGAGCCCCGCAACCCGCAGUGACCGUCCCCGCACCAUCCCAGGACCACUCGGAGCUCCCCAUUGGCGCAGCAGCCACCAUGGCCCACGAGAUAGGCCACAGCCUCGGCCUCAGCCACGACCCCGACGGCUGCUGCGAGGAGGCAGCGGAGGAGCAGGGCGGCUGCGUCAUGGCAGCGGCCACUGGGCACCCGUUCCCGCGCGUGUUCAGCCGCUGCAGCCGGCGCCAGCUGCGCGCCUUUUUCCGCAAGGGGGGCGGCGCGUGCCUCUCCAACGCGCCGGACUCCGGGCUCCUCGUGCGGCGGGCGCGCUGCGGGAACGGCUUUGUGGAAGACGGCGAGGACUGCGACUGUGGCGCAGGCCAGGAGUGCAGGGACCCCUGCUGCCUCGCCCAGAACUGCUCGCUGCGUGCGGGGGCCCAGUGCGCCCAAGGGGACUGCUGCGCGCGCUGCCAGCUGAAGCCGCCGGGCGCGCUGUGCCGCCGGGCUGCGGGCGACUGUGACCUCCCAGAGUUCUGCACGGGCGCCUCCCCCUACUGCCCCCCGGACAUUUACCUACUGGACGGCUCGCCCUGCGCCAGCGGCCGUGGCUACUGUCGGGACGGCGCGUGUCCCACGCUGGAGCAGCAGUGCCAGCAGCUCUGGGGGCCUGGCUCCAGCCCAGCCCCGGAGGCCUGCUUCCAGGUGGUGAACUCCGCGGGAGACGCUCACGGGAACUGCGGCCGGGACCCGGACAGAGGCUUCUUGCCUUGUGCACAGAGGGAUGCGCAGUGUGGGAAGCUGCAGUGCCAGGGCGGGGAGCGGAACCUACUCCCGCCAUACAUGGUGCCAGUGGACUCCACCAUCCACCUUGGCAGCCACGAGGUGACCUGCAGGGGAGCCUUCAUGUUGUCUGGUGCCCAGCUGGACCUGCUUGACUUGGGCCUGGUAGAACCGGGCACCCAGUGUAGACCUGGAAUGGUGUGCCAGGACAGGCGCUGCCAGAACACUACCUUCCUGGAGCUGGACCACUGCCUGAUAACCUGCCAUGGCCAUGGGGUUUGCAAUAGUAACCGUAACUGCCAUUGCGCUCCAGGCUGGGCUCCACCCUCCUGUGACAAGCCAGGGUUUGGUGGCAGCGUGGAUAGUGGCCCUGUGCAACCUGAAAACCAUGAAGCCUUCCUGCUGGUGGUGACCCUUAGCUUCCUGCUGCCUCUGCUCCCUGGGGCUGGCCUGGCCUGGUGCUGCUGUCGGCAGCCAGAAUCCCGUCUCCACCAGGGCUUCUGGGGCUCAAGGGGGGACCCCACAUGCAGUGGGCCCAAAGAUGUCCCAUGCAGGGACCACCCCCUGGGCAGUGUACAUCCUGUGGAGUUGGGCCCAACAGUCCCUGGAGAGCCCCAGCCCCUGGGGACUCCUGCUGACUGGAUUCACAGCCCUCAUCCUCCACCAUUGCUCCACAGACCUUGAGAACUCUUCCAGAGCCCGACAGCCACCGUGAGAAGCCUGCGCCCGGUAGCCCUGCCUUCACCCCAGAGCAGGUCAAGUCCAGAAGCCAAGAUCCUGUCUCUGGUGAGACAGAGCUCCUGAGAUGUGGAGAUUUUAAGACAGGUGGCUGCUGACAGCCACUCCACAAACUUGGACCCCCAGAGGCCCAGCCAGCAAGUCAGCUGGCCUCCUGCAUCUUCAGGCAGCUUGCAAGUUUCCUCCCACUCCAGGACCCCAGAGCCUCAUCAUAAGUUGCCUCCUGCUGUCCCCGUUCCUCAGGGCCAGGGAUCUUGCUGGGGCACACACUCCAGCUCAGAAAAAUCAGUCCAAGGAGCACAGGUCAUGUAGUCACUGCCAUUCUGUCACCAGAGGAGCCUGGGUCAUGAUGGACUCCAGAGAGCCCUCUGUCCCGGGAGCCUUGGUGUGUCUGCUCCAUGCACAGACUUGAGGAAGGCGGUGGCUGCCAGGCCAGAAGCCUGGACUCCAGGACCAUACAUUUCAGAACAAGUCCAUUUCCUUGGAGCCUGACCCCUGCAAAACAAAAACCUCAGGACUUUCCUUCCUCCCUCUUCCUGCCCUGUCCUGUUCCCCAAAUGCUUCCUCAGCUCCACCCCCAAUUCCUAGUUCUCCACCUGAGGAUUUGGGGGGAGUGGAGCCUGCUACAACCCCCUCACUCUGGACACUACUCAGCCGCUCCUCCAUUUUAUGGGAGGAGACAAAGGAAGCCAUUUAAAAAGGACACACUAAAGUAGAAGUCAGAAGAAGGACAUGUUGCCUUUGGCC